AGAACACAUAGAUAGAGACGUACAUUAGAGCUGAGAAAAGUAGAAGUUACUGUAUUGGACCACAAGUGUGUUAAGAUGUCAGAAGGAGACUAUGAAAACACAGAUGGAUUUGAAGACGAGGAGCCUGAUGCAAUGAAGAAAACAGACAUUGAUGGCCAAUUAUAUGCCAACUUAAGAGCCUUCAAGCCCAGUACAAGAGAUGGAGUUGUUGCUUCUGUACAUGUUCAGUGGUGGAAGAGACCCUCUGGAGUUGCUGCAGUGUGUCUGGGGCUGCUGUGUGUUCUCCUACUGGCUGGGAUCAUAGGCCUGUCUGUCUACUAUGGAGUCAUUGGUCAUCACGCCUCAACAGAGAGAGACCAGCUACAGGACAGCAACAGCCUUCUGACUAAAGAGAGAGACCAGCUACAGACCAGUUACAACAACCUGAUUAAAGAAAGAGACCAGCUGCAGACAGAGAGAGUCCAGCUACAGACCAGUUACAACACCCUGACUAAAGAGAGAGACCAGCUACAGACUGAGAGAGAUUUUCUUAGUGGGAGGUUUACCAAUCUCAAACAAACCUGUCCUGAACGCUGGCAGAAGUUUGAAUCCAGUUGGUACUUCCUGUCUACUGAGACUAAAACCUUGAAGCAGAGCAGAGAGGACUGUCUGGAGAGAGGAGCAGACCUGGUGAUCAUAAACAGUGAUAAGGAACAGGAGUUUGUCUUCAACCUCAACAAGACAGUCUGGAUUGGUCUGACUGACUCUGUUACUGAGGGGACCUGGAGAUGGGUGGACGGCACCCCACUGACCACCACAAGGUACUGGUCUCCACAGCAGCCUGAUAAUGGUGAUGGCAAACCAGAAUAUGGUGAAGAGGACUGUGUUCAUAUACGUAAAGAUUGGACUCCUCUGCAGUCAUGGAAUGACUUGUCAUGUGACAGCAAACUCAACUGGAUUUGUGAGAAAGUGCUUUAGCAUCACCAUGACAACAUACUGUAACACAUACAGCAGCCCGCAGUACACACACCUUCCUCUUUCAUUCUCUCUCUUUCUGUCUCCCUCUCUCUCUCUAUCACACUCUCUCUCCGUCUCAAC